AUGAAUAUGCUGAUAUCUAAGCCUGAACAAAUCACAAACGGAAGUCAGACUGCCUAUCGUGGUAUAGAUCUUAAAUUACUCGGUGGCGGUUUUCAAGGCGAUAUGUUGUUUCAUAAAAACUACAAUCUUACCAAAAAUGUUCGUGGUGUUGCUGUCUAUGGUAAUAACUAUCGAUGGCCGUACAAUACUAUUCCUUAUGACAUAUCAGCAAUCACAGAUAUUCACCAUCAAAAGAUGGUCACUAACGCUAUGCAUAUACUUAUGUAUGCUGUCGGUACGCCAAUUAGUGGUUCUGAGGGCCGAGUACCUUGCGUUUAUUUCCGGCCGCGUGGAGCUAACGAUCAAGCGUAUCUUAAAAUCCAAUAUGGCACUGGAUGCAGUGCUCAUGUUUUCAUCAUGAACAAUGCCGACCAGAUCGGGACAACUAUGUCCAAAUCAACUGGGAGAACAUCGAAGAUGGCCAACAAUAGUUUUGAGAAGUAUGCAUGGGGCUCGUCCGUAUACAAUCAAAACAGCAUAUAUGACUAUGCGAGUAUCAUGCAUUAUUUCGGAAAUGCUUUCAGCAAAAAUGGUAAACCAACAAUGGUUCCACGAAAAGCCGGUGUUGUACUUCAUGGUGCUAGCGUACUUAGUCCAACGGACAUUUUUGAAACUAAACCAGAUUUGAUUACUACUUUUGCUCUUCGUAUAAAUUAG